GCGGAGAACGGCCGGCGCGGUGCUCCAGACGCCAGCAAGGAUGCGCUUCGCUCUGACUGUCGUGCGGCAUGGACAAACAAGAUUAAACAAGGAGAAAGUAAUUCAAGGACAAGGAGUAGAUGAGCCUCUUUCAGAAACUGGAUUUAAGCAAACAGCUGCUGCUGGUGUAUUUCUUAAUAAUGUGAAGUUUACUCAUGUUUUCUCCAGUGAUCUCAUUAGGACAAAGCAGACCGUGCAUGGGAUUUUGGAGAAGAGCAAAUGUUGCCAAGACGUGACAGUGAAGUAUGAUUCAAGACUUCGAGAAAGAAAAUACGGGGUUGCAGAAGGCAAGGGCCUGAGUGAGCUCAAGGCAAUGGCCAAAGCAGCUGGGGAAGAAUGCCCUGGGUUCACACCGCCCGGAGGAGAGACCUUGGACGAGGUGAAGAUGCGUGGAAAAGACUUUUUUGGAUUUCUUUGUCAACUCAUCCUAAAGGAAGCAGGUCAAAAAGAACCGUGUUCCUCGGGAGCUCCAAGCAGCUGUCUGGAAACUUCUUUGGCAGAGAUAUUCCCUUUAGGAAAAAACUGUGCCUCCAAAUUUAAUUCAGACAGUGGUGCUCCAGAAUUAGUAGCCAGUGUCUUAGUUGUGAGUCAUGGUGCUUACAUGAAAGGCCUGUUUGAUUAUUUUCUGACUGACCUUGAGUGUUCCUUACCAGCAACUCUGAGCAAAUCCGAAUUUGUACCAGUCAGUUCCAAUACAGGGAUUAGUCUCUUUAUCAUAAACUUUGAGAAAGGAAGAGAAGUUAAACCAACAGUUCAGUGUGUUUGUGUGAACCUACAGGAUCAUCUAAAUGGAGUGACUGAAACUUGCUAAAUUUAAAUCUACAUCAGAAUCUAACAAUUUUGAGCCUCCGAAGGAGUGCCUUUGACUUUAUUUCAUCUUCUGCUAUCACUGAAUUGGAAACGAUUAAAAAGCUGUCUAUUACAGCAGAUUGUAAAGCUCAAAUGGAAUCAAAGCCACAUAAAACACUAAUGGAAAACUAUUUAGAAUUGACUUUUGUCUGAGUACAGUUAGCAAUUUCUAGUGUAUUUUACCACCCUGCUUAGUUAUGUCUCUGGAUUGCAAAUGGAUGAAGGAACUCAGUAUUGCAAAUUGGGGGAUUAAUAACCUGGUUACUCUGUCCCCCCCCUCCUUUUUAAUGUUAAUAUUUUUCUUUAAUGUCUGAAAAAUCUAGCUUUGUUUUAUUGACUCUUGGUAAGAUACUGUAUGUUUUGUACUGUCUCCAUCCAGUACUUGGAAGAAGGAAUUAUUUAUAAUUCCCACUGCAUAUUUAUAGUGCCAAUGUUACAUUUUAAAAGUCCUUUAAAUAAAAGGCUUAUCAUCAUAAGUUUAUAUAAAGCAAAGUGACACUAAUUUUUAACAUAGAAUCAACUGUUGGACUUGUGUACUCUAGAAGCUUUGAGAAGUGGAUGAAUGCAGAUUAGGAUUGCAGAGUGGUCUGGUGAAGAGGAAGUUAAAGCAUCCCUUGAUUUAAAAACAUUAAAGUAGGUGAGCAAGAGAAGGUAAAAUUCUUAUCUAAUCUGUAGGCUGAAGGGUUUAGUUUGAGGAAGGCUCUAAAGAAAGUAAAUGGUUGCUAGUGUACUGUACAGUAACCUCAGUAAAAGUGGGUGCUUCGUUGAAAAAAAAAGGUACUCGGAAGACUGCAAAUGUGCAGUUUUUGUGGACGGUACAGAUGAGGUUGCCUCUCUUCCCCACCAGAUGGCACUGGAGAAACGAGAUUUUGGUUAACUUAAUUUUGUAUGUAUGAUUGGACUCUCAGAAAUCCUUAUCUACCCCAGCCUUCAGAUGUUGGGUGGAGGGUGACAAAAAGGGAAAAAAUGGGGUAUGCCUGUAAUACUGUCAACAAUAAAAUUAAGUAAACAAAAAAAAUUUAUCUAAAUGAAGAAGUCUUUUACAUGUUUGCUUUUCAUUUUGCAUGUUGAUGAAUGCUGUGAUUCCCAACUUAGAAAAGAAUACUCAGGUUUGUCAGUUGGCUAAAAUCGUGUAUGGUCAGCAUUUACUCGGAACAUCAUUGGAAUGUGUAAAGUUCGGCAUCGUGCUGGUCUCCGUGUGUCUGGUACCAGCAGUUUUCCUACUUGUAUUGGAACAGCAUGGUUGAGCACCAGGGGAAGUAUGCUGCAAAUAAAACUUUGACAAAAUAAACCAAAAAGGACAAUAAUAAAUAUCUACAUUCCCAUCAUCCAGGAGUAAUAUUCCCCUUUUUAAGACAUAGCAUACUGUGAUGUAAGUCAAAUUCCUUAUUUAACCAGUUCUCGCAGUCCUGUUCCCCCUGUACUCUGCAGGGGCAACCACCACAGUGAAUUUGCAUGUGUUCUCUAUUUAUAUUUUCAUCUGGUAUCAUAAGGAAACAGUAUUGUUUUGGUGUUUUAAAAAUGUACAUAAAUAUCAAGCUGUCUGUACCCUUUAUUUUCACUUACUGUGUCUUGGGGCUCUAUGUUGAUUUGUAUACAUCUAUUAUAACCACUAUUCUAUUGAAUAAAUAUGGCACGUUUUGUGUA